AUGCUGGUCGAGAGCGUUCGCAAGUUGGAUCACGUGCUCAAGGUCAUCGAGGCGGCCAAGCGUCGCACCAUGAUGCACAUGACCAGCUUCGCGGCUACUCUGACGCUGCUGAAGCAGGCGCUGGAGGCCCUGUUCGCGAAGACCGACGCCAACCAGACGCGCAUCCUGCACUCACGGCUGCUGACUGAGGCCAAGCCGAAGCAGGUCCAGGACGUUGAGCGUGUCAAAUGCGCCAUCAAGGACAGCCAGCUGCAGCUGCCCGAGUACGCUACGAGCGAGGAGACUACCAACCUGCAGACGGUGGACGACGUUGUCGAUGAACUUAUUAACAUGCCGUUGAUGCAGCUCGUUGACUGGACUGCGACGUGGGCAAAGAUCGCGGAGCACCACUCGAGCGCGACUCACGUGCUGGAGUUUGGACCUGACCUUGGCGUGGCGAAGCUGAGCGACAAGUUCGCGGAAGGCCUGGGCAUCGAGGCGGUGAUGGCGACCGCCAAGCACCCCGUCAUGAGCACAUCGACGAAGUACACCCCUCACAUCGGCCUGCAGCAGUUCAUCGACGCUACGCCGACCUUAACGCCUGCCGAGGUGAUGUGGGCAAAGAAGUUCGGCCCGCAUGUGACUGCGUCGGGCGGGCUCUACAACAGGUUCACGCACGCGCUGAACAAGCCCCCCAUCGUGGUCGCGGGUAUGAAGCCCACGACGAGCCUGGAAUGUAUUGACCUCGUUGCAGGAAUCCAGAACGCGGGUUUCCACGGCGAGCUUGCGGCGGGUGGCCUGUCGCGCCCGAACAUCUUCGAGGACGCGGUGAACGAGCUGGUGUCGAAGAUAAAGCUUGGUCUUGGCAUCACGAUCAACAUGCUGUACCUGAACGCGAAGCACGGCGUGCUUAUCGAAAGCAUCACAAUUGGCGCUGGUAUCCCAACGCAGGAGCGUGCGCUUGAGAUGAUGUCGCAGAUGGAUGCCGUUGGCAUCAAAGUGGUGUGCUUCAAGACCGGUUCGGUGGACGGUAUCCACGCGGUGCUGAAGAUUGCCGCGGCGAUGCCGUCGAUGACCGUGAUGCUGCCGUGGACUGGCGGCCGCGCUGGUGGCCACCACAGCUUCGAGGACUUCCACCAGCCGAUGGAGGAGACGUACGCCGCCAUCCGUCGCGUGUCGAACGUGCUGCUGCUGCAGUACCUCACGGGCGAGUGGAGUCUGUCGCGCGGCCACCUGCACAAGAAGCCUGCGGAUGGUAUCCUGAUGGGCUCUCGCGUGAUGGUCGCGAAGGAGGCUGCGACCGCGCCGGCAGUGAAGAAGCUGCUGGUGGACACUCCUGGUAUCGAGUCGGAGCUGGAGUGGGAGACGAGCUACACGGGCGUCGUGGGCGGCGUUGUCACGGUGACAUCGGAGCUGGGCGAGCCGAUCCACGUGGUGGCCAACCGCUGCGCGCUGCUGUGGAAGGAGUUCAACGACAAGUACUUCUCGAUCCCGCGCGAACAGGUGGAGCUGGUGCUCCGCCUGAACAAGCAAGACAUCAUCGCGCGCCUGAACGCGGACUACCAAAAGCCUUACUUCGGCUGUAAGCGCAACGUCGAGACGGGCGAGGUUGUCCCGACGGAGCUGGAGGAGAUGUCGUACGGAGACGUGUUGACGCGACUGGUCGACUUGACCUACGUGGAGGUGGAAGGCAAGCCGCAGCGCUGGUUCAUCACGCGCACGGAGGAGCGUUUCCGUCACGAGAGCGCUGGUGCACUGUUUGACCAGUCGGAGCUCAAGUCAAACCCGCGCGAAACGCUGAGCGCAUUCAUUGCGAAGUACCCUGCGACGGUGUCGACGCUGAUGUCGGUGCCGGACUGCGACUUCUUCCUGGAGCUGUGCCGCAUGGGUGGCAAGCCGGCGAACUUCGUGCCUGUGAUCGACACGGAAUCCAAGACAAGGUUCAAGAUGGGACUCUCUGUGUGCGACGAGCAGCGCGUGUUCAUCUUGCAGGACCCCGUGGCUGUCCGCUACGGCACGGAGGUGGACGAGCCCGAGGUGGAUAUUCAGGGAGGCAUCAAUACUGGCUUCAUCAACGUCGUGAAGGAGAGCGAUGCGAUUGCUGCCGCACCGGUUGCUGCUGCCAAGCCGAUUGUGGACAUCGCCGGUGCUGAGGUCACGAAGAGCGAAGGCAGUGUGGAGAUUGCGGCGCUCGCCGCGUCCGUGCGCGACAAGGACUGGCUGGAGGCGCUUAUCGUGUCAACUCACGUCGUGGAGAAGAAGAUGUGGCUUGUGAUCCCGAUCACGAAGAAGGAGGCGUCGAAUGUCGUUGUGGUGAACGAGAUGGCGUUCCAGUACUACCCUGAGCUGCCAUGCUCGAUCCACGCUGAGGGCAGCGGCUUCAUCGACAAGAUGUUCUACCCCUACUUCUGGGUGACCAUCGAGGGCAAGGAAGAGGAGUCGUGCGAGGCGGCGUGCACGGAAAGAGUGAUGUCUCCUUUCACGGCCGACUUCAGCAUCACAAAGGAGGAAAUCGUGGCGUACUGUACCGCGUUGGGUCUCAGUAAGGACGAGGAGGGUGCCCCCGCCAACUUCGUGACGAUCGUGCCGUGGCGUCCGCAGAUCCGGUCGGUGUUCACGAAGGAGGUGAAGGCCAACCUGCUGGGCCUGUUGCACCUGGCGUCCGCGACGUUCCUGCCUGACGACGACAUCGUGACUCACGAUGCUCACGAUUCAACGUGCACGGUGGCCCUCAUUUCGCGCAAGACGGUGGGCGAGCAACUGGAGGAGGUGCUGUUGCCGCUGGUGGAGCUGCACAGCGAGUUCCUGAUCCGCGGAUCGUUCAAUGACUUUGAGCCGAUGUUUUUGAUCGACAAGCCGACGGACGAUUUCGUGACCAAGCGCCAGAAGGAUGUGGAGAUCCUGAAGGCGAAGUCAUGGCUGAAGCUUGCUGCCGAGGCCUCGGUGAGAGUCUGUGACCACUUGUCGUUUGAGCUGACGACGAAGAAGCAUUACGCGUCCAUCAACUCACUGAGCUUCGUGGAGGCUUCGGUCGUGCUGUGCCGUGAAGAGGCUGGUUCGAAGAUGGAGACCGGCAUGGUGCAGUAUGGUAUGAUGAAGCAGGCGCCGAUGGCGUUUGGGUGCCCUGGUGGUAUUCACCUGCGCACGACAUUCGGUCUCUUCAUCCUCGAGAUGGUGCGGAAGAAACAGAAGUCCAUUACGGCGCACUUUUGGUGA